AUGCUGUUUGCAGCUCGGUAUGUUGUGAUGAAGCCAGCGGGCGGCAUUACGGCGUCGUUGCCUGCUUUGGUUGCAAAGGAUUUUUUCGGAGAACCGUACGUGCUGGGAAGAAUUACAUUUGUCGUUAUGAUCAGAAAUGUCGCAUCGACAAAGCUGGACGAAAUGUCUGCCGUUCGUGUCGAUUUCAAAAAUGUCUCGAUGUGGGAAUGGAGCCAGAUG